AUGGCCGAUGAGCCUGUGGAAAGCGAGAGCAUCAGUCUCAACCACGCCAGAGAACAGACUCUUGAGGCCGAUUCGUGGAGCGAUAAUGAUUCCGCACUGGGUGAUGAUACCCAAAGCACAACCACAUCGUUGAGCGAGUCAAUAUAUAACUAUCGCCAGGAGCAUGGCCGCACAUAUCACUCUUACAAGGAUGGACAAUAUGUCUUCCCGAAUGACGAGCGCGAGCAAGACCGACUAGACCUGCAACAUCAUAUGUGUAACUUGACCUAUAGACGACUGCAUCUAGCGCCUCUAGAGAAACCCAGACAUGCUCUUGAUAUCGGGACUGGAACUGGAAUCUGGGCAAUGGACUUCGCGGAUCAGUACCCUGAAUGCGAGGUCAUCGGCAUCGACCUUAGUCCAUCACAGCCCACGUUCGUUCCACCAAACUUGAAGUACAUUAUAGACGAUGCGGAAGAGCUCUGGGUGUACGACCAUCGGUUCGACUACGUUCACUGCAGACUCAUGGCCGGAUGUUUCGCAGAUCCAGAGAGACUCAUACAGCAAGUGUUUGACAACCUGGAACCUGGCGGCUAUCUUGAAUUUCAAGAUUACGGAUUACCUUGUAGAAGCGUCGACGACACACUGGUCGGCACAUCUCUGGAGAAAUGGGGUAUAUUGAUGUGCGAAGCCGCUCGGAAGCUUGGCCGUCCAAUGGGCACAGAAGUGUCAGAGAAGUACAGAGAGUGGAUGGAAGCAGCUGGAUUUGUGGAUAUUCAGGAGCAACACUUCAUGUGGCCAUCAAAUCCGUGGCCCAAGGACAAAUACAUGAAGGAACUGGGCAACUGGAAUAUGAUCAACAUUCUUGAGGGCCUUGAAGGAUUUUGUCUGGCAUUGAUGACCAGAGGACUUGGUUGGAAGAAAGAAGAGGUCGAUGUGUUUGUCGCCAAAGUCUCAGCCGAUGUCAAGAACAGGGGUAUUCACGCCUACUAUCCGAUGCCGGUCGUCUGGGGUAGGAAGCCUCUGACAGCGAAUUGA